UAGUUAGUUUCUAUCAGAGGCCCGUCUUAACUAGUUCUCAACCAAAAAUAUGUUCUAAAUUAUUUAUUGCAACACAAGAAACAUUGGAUGUGAAUAUUCGUAUUUAAUUGAGAAAAAUGGCUGCCAUAAUCAAAAAAGCUUGGGAAGGCUACCAAAUUAUAUUUGAAGAAUUUCCAGAUCCCCGUACAAAAGAUCUGCCUUUGAUAGCAAAACCGUACCAAGGAAUCCUACUACUCACACUCUAUCUCAUGUUCGUUUUUAAGUGGGGCCCCAACUUUAUGAAGAAUAGACCUGCAUAUAAUUUGGACCGAAUCAUCAUUGUCUACAACGCUUUUCAAGUGUUCGCCUGUGCCUAUCUUUUCACAAAUGCCCUAUACUUCGCCUGGCUUUGGGAUUACAAAUGGAUUUGUGAACCAGUCGACUACACAAUCAAUGAUAAAGCAAUCAAGAUAACCAGAUUUGUGUACUACUACUUUCUGCUUAAGGUCGUCGAUCUAUUAGAUACGGUAUUUUUCAUAUUGCGUAAGAAGAUAAAUCAAGUAACCUUCCUGCACGUAUAUCAUCAUACCGGCAUGGUUAUGCUGAUUUGGGGAGCAGCCACAUAUUUUCCAGGAGGCCAUGGAACACUUGUGGGAGUGAUAAACACGUUCGUGCAUGUCGUGAUGUACUCCUACUACCUCAUCACGGUGUGGGACCCCAGUCUGAAAGGCAACCUGUGGUGGAAGAAAUACAUUACACAGCUACAAAUUCUUCAGUUUCUGUGGAUGGUAGUCCACAUGAGUAUCAUCGUCUUUAAGACAGACUGCGAAUAUCCACGAUGGACCUCCGCCAUCUUCCUUCCACAAAACGUCUUCAUGCUAAUCUUAUUUAUUGAUUUCUACAUAAAAACCUACAUAAAAAAACCAAAAGUACAGAUGAAAGUUGAAGAAACAACCAAAAAAGAUAGUUCGACUAAUGGAAAAUCACACUUAAGUUGAGAUAGAAUCAUGUCAUUUCAUUUUUAGAACUUAGAUGUUAUAAAUAUUUUGUUCAAGAUUUUUGAACAUUCGUUAUUUGAAUUUUUUUAACAAAGACAAGACAAUGGUAAGCUCUAUUUAGUUUAUUCAUUUCCAGUGUUUGUUUUUAUUUUUUAUUUUAAUAAAUUUUUAUGUGAAAUCU